UGACGUAUUUUACGUAAAUCAAGUAGUUUACCGUAGAAAACCAGUAGAAAACGUAUCAAAUCUACAUCUACUUUCUGAUACCUGCUGAUACAUACCGCUUGGAGCGCUAAAACUCGCGCUAUUUCUCAAGCGUUCCCAAGUCCUGAUUCUGUAACUGUUCUGUAAUGAUCUGUAGUGACAUUAUCAUAACAAAUUGUGUUUUGUUGUAACAAUGAGCGAGGAAGUCUUGUAUUGUGAAACAGAUGACAACGAGAAGAAAUUUAUAUUCGCGAAGACCAAAGGCAAGCUUAUUGUAUCACGCGCAAAAGAUGACGAAAGGAGCUCCAAGAAGUUGCCCUCUUUCAUCCUGACGUUCAUUAAGGAAGUAUUUUUACCCCAAGGAUUUCCAGACAGUGUACAUCCUGACUAUGUACCUUACCAGAUUUGGGAUACCGUUCAGGCAUUUGCAAGUACUAUUAUGGGAACAUUGACCACUCAUUCGAUCAUGAGAGGAGUUGGCGUUGGUGAGUCCACGGCAUCACCAUUAGCUGCAGCUAUUACUUGGAUUUUAAAGGAUGGUACUGGAAUGAUAGGGCGCAUAUUAUUUGCCUGGUGGAAUGGAACUGACUUGGAUGCACACUGCAAAAAAUGGAGGUUGUUCGCAGAUAUUCUCAAUGAUUUUGCAAUGGGAAUAGAACUAAUUAUACCAUAUUUUUCAACAUACUCAACUCUAAUUUUGUGUACCUCAACAGCAAUGAAAUCUGUUGUCGGAGUUGCAGGCGGAGCAACACGGGCAGCCUUAACACAGCAUCAAGCUUUACGGAAUAAUUUGGCUGAUGUGUCUGCUAAGGAUGGAAGUCAAGAAACAUUUGUGAAUUUAAUAGCAUCGUUUCUAGGAAUAUUAAUCUUGUCCCUAUUGCAUGACGGACGAUACAUAAUGGAAUUAUAUGUACUUCUGGUAGCAGUACAUUUAUAUGCCAAUUAUUCCGCCGUGAAGGCUUUGAGAUUAAAUUCCGUCAACGAGGAUCGCUUGGCAAUUAUUGUUCAGGAAUAUCUUACAGAGAAAAACAUUCCAGGUCCUGAACAUGUAAACAAACGUGAAUCCGUGUUCCUAUUUCAAAACCCAUCAAAAAAAUUAUGUGGAUUUACAAUUAAAAUGGGUGUUUCACUCAAGAGCAUGGUACAGAAAAAUGCUAUAAUGCUUGAUGAUUUGGAAAUGAUUACAAAUCUUUUCCAGAAGCGAAAAUAUUUGAUUGCAGUGGAUAUAAAGAGAAAAACUAUUUUUGUAUCCUUCACAAAAUGCGCAGAAUCUAGAGAUGUAUUGCGAGCAUAUUUUCACUCAUGCAUUUGUGGACUUUUAGUUUGUAUGGCAUUACGAUGGAGAAUUCCUAUCUUCACAAGAACAUGGUCUCAUGUAUCGUCAUUUCCUUUAAUACGAACGUAUCUUGUAUCAAGAAAGUAUCGCUCUUUGUGCAAUGGUAAUAGUGAAAAGAUUGUCAUUGAAAGUAUUCUUGCAGCGGAUGAAGUCGUUUUCAGAGAAUUUAUUACAUUUAUGAAUGCACUGGAGAACAGCAAUUGGAUGACAAAAACAAAUUUACUACCAAUAGGACCAUGGAAAGGAUCAUGGGGUGAACAAGGUGAAGCAUUACAUUGUAAUAAGUAAGCUUUAAAUGAAAAUUUUCUUGGAAUAACAGUACCAAACGAUUUUUAAAAUUACCUGAUGAUUUAAACAAAUAUACAAAUACUUUGUAAUUCUUGUUUAUCAAUGUUGGUAAUUGGAAUAUCAAUGCAUUUUUAUAAAUAUGUUUGUGAAUAAUUGUUCAUCUACAGCAUGAAAAAUAAAUUUUUUUUAAAA